AUGUCCACCUCAUUUGGUGGGGCCUACGAACGAUUGAUGUCUUGCAAUCAAAACCCGCCAAAGAAAAGUGAACAAUAUACAAGCACUAGCAAGACACUUCAAAGGAUGUCUGACAUGCCCCGCCGCUGUGUCCGAGCAAAGUCUGUCACUUCUUGCUUGUCGUUGCAGUCAUACAAUCCCCAAGAAGAGGGAGGAAGCCAGGGGACACCAAGCACCCAGCCCCCAUCUGAAAGUGAACAAGCCCCAGAUGACCAGGAGGAGCUAUUGAGAGCCCAGAGGGUAGCUCAAUCUUCUGUCAGCUCAACUUAUAGUUCAUUCAGGGAGCCAGAGCUUUUAGAUCAGAGGGACAAGCAUGGCCGGCAUAUGAUAUCUUAUCCCUGCAAACUAUGUGGCACCUGGAUCAACCGUCUGACCUCAGAUUCAUCUUGCAGCAAUCUCAACAAACAUGCCUUGCUCUGCUACUGCAAACACAAUGAAUCCCAAAAGAUGCAAUCGUUGGCUAAUCUAGGAAUAACCAGAACCGGUGAUAUUAAUCCCAAAGAGUUUUGGUUGUAUUCCCUUUAA